CCGGCGGCCGCUGUGCUAGGAGCCCCGUGCUGCCCUCUUCCCCCUGCGCCGCCGCCCCUGGGCUCGGGGGGGCCGCCGCUACAGCCCCAGCGCAGGGACCCUUCCAUGAAGAUUGAGGCAGGCGAAACUGCUGAGAGCCUGCUGACAUGACAUCGGCCACGGAGUUUGAAAACGUGGGCAACCAGCCACCGUACAGCCGGAUCAAUGCCCGCUGGGCUGCCCCGGACGAUGAGCUGGAUAAUGACAACAGCUCAGCCAGGCUGUUUGAGAGGUCCCGGAUCAAGGCCUUGGCAGAUGAGCGGGAAGUUGUUCAGAAGAAGACCUUCACGAAAUGGGUGAACUCGAAUCUGGCUCGCGUGCCCUGCCGCAUCACUGACCUCUACAAGGACCUGCGGGAUGGGCGGAUGCUCAUCAAGCUGCUGGAGGUGCUCUCUGGAGAGAUGCUGCCAAAGCCCACAAAGGGGAAGAUGCGCAUCCACUGCCUGGAGAAUGUGGACAAGGCCCUACAGUUCCUCAAGGAGCAGCGUGUGCACCUGGAAAACAUGGGCUCCCAUGACAUCGUGGAUGGCAACCACCGCCUGGUCCUGGGCCUCAUCUGGACCAUCAUCCUUCGCUUCCAGAUUCAGGACAUUGUCGUGCAAACUCAAGAAGGUCGUGAGACGCGCUCUGCCAAGGAUGCGCUACUGUUGUGGUGUCAAAUGAAGACAGCAGGUUACCCCCAGGUCAAUGUCACCAACUUUACCUCCAGCUGGAAGGACGGCCUGGCCUUUAAUGCCCUGAUACACAGGCACCGGCCUGACCUGAUCGACUUUGAUAAGCUGAAGGACUCGAACGCGCGGCACAACCUAGAGCAUGCAUUCAAGGUAGCUGAGCGUCAGUUGGGCAUCAUCCCGCUCCUCGACCCCGAAGAUGUCUUCACGGAAAACCCUGAUGAGAAAUCCAUCAUUACCUAUGUGGUGGCAUUUUACCACUACUUCUCCAAGAUGAAGGUGCUCGCGGUGGAAGGCAAGCGCGUGGGCAAGGUCAUUGACCAUGCCAUUGAGACCGAGAAGAUGAUUGAAAAGUACAGUGGGCUGGCCUCAGAGCUGCUCACCUGGAUCGAGCAGACUGUCACCGUCCUGAACAGCCGCAGGUUUGCCAACUCCCUGGCGGGCGUCCAGCAGCAGCUACAGGCCUUCAGCACCUACCGCACCGUGGAGAAGCCCCCUAAGUUCCAGGAGAAGGGGAAUCUGGAAGUCCUACUUUUUACCAUCCAGUCCCGGAUGAGAGCCAACAAUCAGAAAGUGUAUACCCCUCACGACGGGAAGCUAGUGUCUGACAUCAACCGGGCCUGGGAAAGCCUGGAGGAGGCUGAGUAUCAGCGGGAGCUGGCCCUGAGAAAUGAGCUCAUUCGGCAAGAGAAGCUGGAGCAGGUAGCCCGGCGCUUUGACCGAAAGGCCGCCAUGAGAGAGACGUGGCUCAAUGAAAACCAGCGCCUCGUGGCUCAGGAUAACUUUGGGUAUGACCUGGCAGCCGUGGAGGCCGCCAAAAAGAAGCACGAGGCCAUUGAGACCGACACAGCCGCUUACGAGGAGCGGGUGAAGGCCCUGGAGGACCUGGCCCAGGAGCUGGAACAGGAGAAUUACCAUGACCAGAAGCGCAUCACUGCCCGCAAGGACAACAUCCUGCGCCUGUGGAGCUACCUGCAGGAGCUGCUGAGGUCCCGGCGCCAGAGGCUCGAGAUGACGCUGGCUCUGCAGAAACUCUUCCAGGACAUGCUGCACAGCAUCGACUGGAUGGACGAGAUCAAGGCUCACCUCUUGUCUGCUGAGUUCGGGAAGCACUUGUUGGAGGUCGAGGACUUGCUACAGAAGCACAAGCUGAUGGAGGCUGACAUUGCCAUCCAAGGGGACAAAGUGAAGGCCAUCACCGCAGCCACGCUGCGGUUCACCGAGGAGAAAGGAUACCAGCCUUGUGACCCCCAGGUUAUCCAGGACCGGGUCAGCCACCUGGAGCAGUGCUUUGAGGAGCUGAGCAACAUGGCAGCUGGGCGGAAGGCGCAGCUGGAGCAGUCUAAGCGGCUCUGGAAGUUCUUCUGGGAGAUGGAUGAGGCCGAGAGCUGGAUCAAGGAGAAGGAGCAGAUCUACUCUUCCCUGGACUAUGGCAAAGACCUGACGAGCGUGCUCAUCUUACAGCGCAAGCACAAGGCCUUUGAAGAUGAGCUCCGAGGGCUGGACACCCACCUGGAGCAGAUCUUCCAGGAGGCAGAGGGCAUGGUCGCACGUAAGCAGUUUGGGCACCCGCAGAUUGAGGCCCGAAUCAAGGAGGUGUCCGCCCAGUGGGACCAGCUGAAGGAGCUGGCUGCCUUUCGCAGGAAGAACCUCCAGGACGCUGAGAACUUCUUCCAGUUCCAGGGUGAUGCUGACGACCUGAAGGCCUGGCUGCAAGACGCCCACCGGCUGCUCUCAGGCGAAGACGUGGGUCAGGAUGAGGGGGCCACGCGGGCCCUGGGGAAGAAGCACAAGGACUUCCUGGCGGAGCUGGAGGAGAGCCGCGGGGUGAUGGAUCAUCUGGAACAGCAGGCCCAGGGCUUCCCCCAAGAGUUUCGGGAUUCCCCAGAUGUGACCAACCGGCUGCAGGCCCUCCGGGAGCUCUACCAGCAGGUGGUGGCCCAGGCAGACCUGCGUCGGCAGAGGCUACAGGAUGCCCUGGACCUGUACACGGUGUUCGGGGAGACAGACGCCUGUGAGCUGUGGAUGGGGGAGAAGGAGAAGUGGCUAGCCCAGAUGGAGAUCCCAGACACACUGGAGGACCUGGAGGUGGCACAGCACAGGUUUGACGUCCUGGACCAGGAGAUGAAGACCUUGAUGACGCAGAUUGACGGUGUGAACCUCGCUGCCAAUAGCCUGGUAGACAGCGGCCACCCUCGCAGUGGGGAAGUGAAACAGUACCAGGACCACCUGAAUGACAGGUGGCAGGCAUUCCAGACCAUAGUGUCAGACCGGCGGGAGGCAGUGAACUCAGCCCUCCGGGUGCGUAACUACUGCGUGGACUGUGAAGAGACUAGCAGGUGGAUCGAGGACAAGAUGCAGGUGGUGCAGACCACAAAGGAACUAGGCCAGGACCUGGCAGGCAUCAUUGCCAUCCAGCGGAAGCUCUCGGGGCUGGAGCGCGACGUGGCCGCCAUCCGGGACCGGGUGGGUGCCCUGGAGCGUGAGUCGCAGCAGCUGAUGGCCUCACACCCCGAGCAGGGAGAGGACAUCGGCCAGCGGCAGGCAUGUGUGGAGAAGCUGUGGCAGGAGUUGCAGGAAGCCCUGCUGGAGCAGGAAGCCUCGCUGGGGGAAGCCAGCCAGCUCCAGGCCUUCCUGCAGAAUCUGGAUGACUUCCAGGCCUGGCUGUCCAUGGCCCAGAAGGCCGUGGCCUCCGAGGACAUGCCUGAGUCCCUGCCAGAGGCCGAGCAGCUCCUACAGCAGCACGUGGCCAUCAAAGACGACAUUGACAGGCACCAAGAGAUCUUCCAGAAUGUCAAGGUAUCCGGGGAGAAUGUGAUCCGUGAUCAAACGGACCCCGAGUACCUGCUCCUGGGCCAGAGGCUCGAGGGCCUGGAUGCUGGCUGGGAUGCCCUGUGCCGGAUGUGGGAGAGCCGCAACCACUCCCUUGCCCAGUGCCUCGGCUUCCGGGAGUUCCAGAGAGAUGCCAAGCAAGCUGAAGCCAUCCUCAGCAAUCAGGAGUAUACUCUGGCUCACUUGGAGCCCCCAGACUCCCUAGAAGCUGCAGAGGUGGGGAUCCGGAAGUUUGAGGAUUUCUUGGUGUCUGUGGAGAACAACCAGGAAAAGGUCUUGAGUCCUGUGGACUCCGGAAACAAGCUGAUAGCUGAAGAAAACCUCUACUCAGACAAGAUCCUGGAGAAGGUGCAGCUGAUCGAGGACAGGCACAGGAAAAACAAAGAGAAGGCUGAGGAAACUUCCAUCAUUCUGAAAGACAACUUGGAGCUCCAGCACUUCCUCCAGAACUGCCAGGAGCUCACUCUCUGGAUCAAUGACAAGCUGCUAACAUCUCAGGAUGUCUCCUAUGACGAUGCAAGAAACCUGCAAAACAAGUGGGCAAAGCACCAGGCAUUUAUGGCAGACCUGGCUUCCCACCAGGGGUGGCUAGACAGCAUUGAUGCGGAAGGAAAGCAGCUGAUGGAGGAGAAGACCCAGUAUAGAGCCCUGGUGUCCCAGAGGCUGGAAGACUUGCACCGGCUCUGGGAUGAGCUUCAGGCCACCACACAAGAGAGGGCCCAGCACCUCUCAGCUGCCAGGAGCUCCUACCUGCGCUCACAGACUCACGCCGACCUCAACAAGUGGAUCAGCGCUAUGGAGGACCAGCUGCGGUCUGAUGACCCGGGCAAGGACCUGACCAGCGUCAACCGGAUGCUGGCUAAGCUGAAGCGUGUGGAGGACCAAGUGAACGUGCGGAAGGAGGAGCUGGGGGAGCUGCUUGCCCAGGUGCCCUCACUGGGAGAGGAGGCAGGAGACACAGACAUGAGCAUCGAGAGGCGGUUCCUGGCCCUCCUGGAACCCCUGGAGAGGCGAAGGAAGCAGCUGGAAUCGUCCCGAGCCAAGCUGCAGAUCAGCAGGGACUUGGAGGAUGAGACACUCUGGGUGGAAGAGAGGCUGCCUCUGGCCCAGUCAGCCGACUAUGGCACGAAUCUGCAAACUGUGCAGCUGUUAAUGAAGAAGAAUCAGACGCUGCAGAAUGAGAUCCUGGGCCACGCACCGCGGGUGGAGGACGUGCUGCAGAGAGGGCAGCGGCUGGUGGAGGCAGCCGAGAUUGACUGCCAGGACAUGGAGGAACGCCUGGGGCACCUGCAGGGCUCAUGGGACACGCUGCGGGAGGCGGCGGCCGGGAGGCUGCAGCGCCUGCAGGACGCCAGCGAGGCUCAGCAGUACUACCUGGAUGCAGGCGAGGCCGAGGCCUGGAUCAGCGAGCAGGAGCUCUACAUCAUCUCCGACGAGACCCCCAAGGAUGAAGAGGGCGCCAUCGUGAUGCUGAAGCGGCACUUGAGGCAGCAACACGCACUGGAGGAGUAUGGAAGGAACAUCAAGCAGCUGGCCACCAGGGCCCAGAGCCUGCUGUCUGCAGGCCACCCUGAGGGGGAGCAGAUCAUCCGACUUCAGGGGCAAGUAGACAAGCAGUACGCAGGGCUGAAGGACAUAGCCGAAGAACGCAGGCGGAAGCUGGAGAACAUGUUUCACCUGUUCCAGCUGAAGAGGGAGGCAGAUGACUUGGAGCAGUGGAUUUCAGAAAAGGAGCUUGUGGCCUCUUCCCCUGAGAUGGGGCAAGACUUUGACCAUGUUACACUGCUCCGGGACAAGUUCCGGGACUUUGCCCGGGAGACGGGGGCGAUUGGGCAGGAGCGGGUGGACAACGUGAAUGUCAUCAUUGAGCGGCUCAUAGACGCAGGCCACAGCGAAGCCGCCACGAUCGCCGAGUGGAAGGAUGGGCUGAACGAAAUGUGGGCGGACCUGCUGGAGCUCAUUGACACGCGCAUGCAGCUGCUGGCCGCCUCCUAUGACCUGCACCGCUACUUCUACACGGGCACGGAGAUCCUGGGCCUCAUCGACGAGAAGCUCCGAGAGCUGCCCGAGGACGUGGGGCUGGACGCCAGCACCGCCGAGUCUUUCCACAGGGUGCACACAGCCUUUGAGCGGGAGCUAGACCUGCUGAGCGUGCAGGUCCAGCAGUUCCAGGACGUGGCCAGCCGCCUGCAGAAGGCAUACGCUGGGGAGAAAGCAGAGACCAUCCAGAACAAGGAGCAGGAGGUGUCCGCCGCGUGGCAAGCACUGCUCGACGCCUGUGCCGGCCGCCGCACACAGCUGGUAGACACGGCAGACAAAUUCCGCUUCUUCAGCAUGGCCCGAGACCUCCUCUCCUGGAUGGAGGGCAUCAUCCGGCAGAUCGAGACCCAGGAGAAGCCUAGGGACGUCUCCUCGGUGGAGCUGCUCAUGAAGUAUCACCAGGGCAUCAAGGCAGAGAUCGACACCCGGAGCAAGAACUUUAGUGCCUGCCUGGAGCUGGGAGAGUCCCUGCUGGAGAGACAGCACCAGGCCUCGGAGGAGAUUAGGGAGAAACUGAAGCAGGUGCUAUCUAGGAGGAAGGAGAUGGCUGAGAAGUGGGAGGACCGCCAGGAACAGCUCCGCAUGUUACUGGAAGUGUGCCAGUUCUCGAGGGAUGCCUCUGUGGCCGAAGCAUGGUUGAUCGCCCAGGAGCCCUACCUGGCCAGCCGGGACUUUGGACACACGGUGGAUGGUGUGGAGAAGCUUAUCAAGAGGCAUGAGGCUUUUGAGAAAUCCACAGCCACCUGGGCUGAGCGCUUCGCCGCCCUGGAGAAGCCCACCACGCUUGAGCUAAAAGAACGCCAGACCCCAGAGAGACCCGAGGAGGAGAGUGGGCCUCAAGAGGAAGAAGGCGAGACAGCAGGGGAGGCUCCCCGAGGUCCACAUCGUGCCGCUACCGAGAGAACGUCCCCGGUCAGUUUCCUAUCCUAUGUGUCUGGCUCCUGGGAGUCCUUGCUGCCAGAGCCCUCUCAUCCCUACUAGGCUCAGCCGGGGCAGAGCCCGAGGGCAGCCAUGCACCACCCCUGCUUCCAGACUCCUCCUUCAGAUCAGUCAUUUUUUUUACUUAGGUUUCCUUAAUUUCUAGAGUAAUUCCCCUCCUUGCUUCAACCCAGAAGAAACUGACAUGCCAGGCCACUGACAUGACUCUUUAGUUUGAUUUUAUCUAGUCUAAUAAAUUUUAUUGUAUAAAUACAUCACCAUCUACAUGAGGAGAAACAGUUGAUCUAGAGAAGACUUAUUUUUAUAUACCAUUCUUCUCCCAUUUUCCCUCUCACUCCACCCUUAACACAGCAUGCCCUACACACACAUUCACACGCAUGCACGUGCGCGCGCACACGCUUUCUCUCACACGUGCACAAACAGACCAUCUGAUCUCGCCUGCCCUAGCCACGGGCAUUCAGGGCAGUGAAGGGGGGACACCCAACCCUCUAGCCCACCCCUCCCUCCUACACAGAGCACCCUCCCCUUUGCUCCCAACCCCCCUCCCCCGGGCCUGAUGCCUGUGGGUCGGUUUGAAGGUGGAGCUGGCUCUGAAGCAGGAGUGAAGGAGAGCCUCAGGGCUUCUGGGUCACAGGGCCAGUCCCCCCCACACCUGGUAGAAAAGGAGGGUGCAUCAGAGACCUGGCUGACGGAAGUGUUGGGAGGGUCCAAGACCAGCUGCCGAAGGCGUGGGACACAUGGCUUCAGGAAGGAAUAGGUCUAUUAGCUGAAAAGACCCAAGGUGCCCGGGCAGGGAGCCCGGGAGGCUGUAACCCCAAUUUUGGAGAAAUGCCCUGGGGAGCAGCUAAGAAGAAGACAAGACUUCAGCAUGUGCCUGGCAUGGCCCACCAAUGCAUGUACCCCUACCUGUCCAGCUGCCCGAUUGAGCUUGCCUGAACCUCUAGGGAGAUUGGUAUUCUAGGUGGAAAUUCCUGAUACACCAGCCACUCUAGAAAAAUGCACAUACAGUGAGUCUUUCCCGUGCAGAAUCUCUGUCAGAUUUGUAUUUCGGCCCUUCUCACACUUCUGAGAGUCACACACACCCCCUCUCCCACGCUGAGCUCCCUCUGCAGCCUCCAGCCUGGCCAGAGUCCUCCCUUUCCGAGCUGCACCGGCCCGUCAUGUCCAGCAGAGGGCAUUCCUGGGCUCCCGAUGGAGGGCCUCUCCCAGAAGUGCCCUCUGAAGCACCCACCGUCGCAUGUGGGGUCUCUGGUGGACUUCGUCCCAGCCCCUUUUUCCCAGAGACAGCCCCUACUGGAAGGAGAGAGAACUCUGGGGGCUGGCCCGAACUGUGGAUGCUGGGGCUGGGACUGUCCCCCACGGCCCGUGCUUCAGCUGUGCAUCCCUGUGUGUCUCCGUGAGGUGGUGUCCUGGGUCUGUGGGCUCCUUUGUGACCUCCUGCACGACUCCCGUGGUUUGUCAUGUUCGUCUGUGUGAAUGUAAGACACGUGCAUCAGA